AUGUCAGCCCCGAGUGCGCGUCACUGGGAACAAAACAAAGAAGCCACAGUCUACGUCGGAAACCUCCAUGAGCGCAUCACACCCCGCAUUCUUCACGAGCUGAUGCUCAACGCCGGCCGAGUACGAAAUGUCAACAUGCCCGUCGAUCGCGUCAACGGCCAACACCAAGGGUUCGGUUUCGUAGAGUUCCACACGGAAGCAGAAGCAGAUUACGCGCCCAAGAUCAUGAACAACGUCGCGCUAUACGGAAGCCGGAUACGUGUUAACAAGGCGUCCGCAGAUAAGCAGAAGAAUGUCGAGAUCGGUGCAGAGCUGUUCAUUGGUAACCUUGAUCCUGGUGUAGACGAGAAGACGUUGUACGACACAUUCGGCCGCUUUGGACCGCUGGUGAAUGCGCCAAAGGUUGCGCGCGAUGACAUUACGCAAGCAUCCAAGGGAUACGGUUUCAUCUCCUACGGCGACUUCGAAUCCUCGGAUGCGGCAAUCGCGAGCAUGCACAACCAGUACAUCAUGAGCAAGCAGAUCACAGUUCAAUACGCAUACAAGAAAGAUGGAAAGGGCGAGCGGCACGGAGACGAAGCGGAGCGUAUGCUCGCGAAACAGGCCAAAGCCCACGGAGUUGCGCCUGCUGUGCAACCUCUGCCAGCACAUCUUUUCCAACUUCCUCCAGGUGCUGCACCGAGUGGUCCAGCUAUGGGCGUAGAUGGACGUGGCAUGCCUGGCGCACCAAGCGGACCUGGAGCAGGAUAUGGACCUCCUGGUGGACCUCCUGGUUAUGCUCCCAACGGCCCCGGAGGCUACGGCCGACCUCCUUCCGCAGCCCCGGUCGGCCAUCCAGGUCUUCCGCCACCCCCAUCUGGCUUGCCUGCUCGCCCACCAAGCGGCGCUCCGACGAACUUCUUCCCUCCUCCGCCCGGGUUCAACGGCCCACCGCCAGCGUUUGGCGGUCCGCCAGGUUUCGGAGGGCCUCCCGGCUACGCUCAGGCACCGAGGUAG